UGUCUGGCUAAACGUGGAAGACUAAAGAUGAUUUACUUGAAAAAAAUUCUCAAAUCCAGUGAAAAAGAUUUUUAUUCAUAAUUUUCUCUUCAUUUUGCAUAAAAACCGUUAAAGUGAGUACUAAAUUUGCUCAAUUUAAAAAAUAAUGGUUGAAGAAAUUAUACCGCCAAAUUUUUAGUACUGAUCGGAGAGAACUCGUCUAAAAAAUCUCAUUCAAACGGAGCAAGCUAAAAGUACCGCAAACGAGAAAAGGUGUUCGAAGCCAUUGCAGUAAAGUCUGCGUGAAAACUUUGGUAUUUUGUGUGAAAAACGAUCUCUACGUUGUGAAAUAUGGAUUCUAUUGAGAGGCACUUGUUCGACGCGAUGUUCGGCUUGAAUAUUCCGCUCGGAGUGGGUAAGCCACUGUGUCCGGAGAAGCUUGAUAAGAUGCGAGGAAGGUGGCAGAGAAAAUCCAUCCUUGAAAUUCAUCUUUCAAUGUCCAUUGUGGACAUGGAAAUGAAGCCGAAAAAAUCUCUUGAUGAGAUCCGUUCGGAAAUGGAGAAUAUUGGGGGCGGAAUCUGCAAGAAAGUUAUUAGUGAGGGCUUUGGGAGUGUCACUAAGGAUAAAUCUGAGAUUACAAUUCAGUACGUCAAGUACGGUCAGAUGCUGGAUAGCGAUAAAAUUGAACUUUGUGAUUCAACGUACAUUGCACAGAAGCCGUAUACUUUUGUCCUGGGGAGCAAUUGUGGGCUUCUGCCGGGCUUUGAGAAGGCCGUACGAUCGAUGCGAAAUCAGGAGAAAGCAGAAUUUAUCAUGAGUGAGCAGAAGAAUGGCAAUCCACCGGUGACAAGGAAUGUAAUGUUUAUAAUUGAAGUGAUUCGAGUGGCUGAUGUAAUGGUGAAGCAGGACCGGGUGAGGCUUCACAACAACUACCCUCAGACCAUGAGGCUGGUUCAGGAGCUACGUGACAAGGGCAAAGAUGCCUUCACUGCACAGUUUUAUCGAGUGGCUGCCGAUAUGUACACGGAAGUCGUGAGCCUUCUGAGGAAUGUCCUCGUGCAGACCGAAACUGACAAUAAUAAGCGACUGGAGCUGCUCCUUAAAAUGUACCUCUACGCUGGAAUGACGUACAACAAGUUGGAACAGGCAGAAUUUGCCUAUCUGAUGCUAAUCAAUGCUGUGAAUUUGCUGAUGAGUGAAGCUGUUUCUGUUUCGAAUGUUCUCAUGGGCAAGAUCUAUCUGCAUGCAGCUCGAGCCAAUCGUAUGCUCAAUGAUAUCCAAGAGUCUUUUGUAUUUCUCACCAAGGCCGAAGAGUGCAUUGGUAAGGCUCCAGAAGUUCUGGAUGAAUAUAAGAAGCUCUUCCAGAUUUUCCACAAAGCUUGCGACAUGGAUGCUAUAGGAAAAAAUGUGUGCCGUGCAGUGGACAAAGGUGACGACGGUGUUGAAAACAAUCAUUCCAUGUUUGUGGCCACCUUCGAUCACAUUCUGAAGACCUUCAUGUGUGGCAAAGAUAAAUCCAAAACCGUUUACGGUCUCGAGUGCAAUGAGCACGUUCCAGCAGCCAUGAAACUAGCUGCCAAGUACAAGAAGAUCAAACUUGAGGUGAACUCAAAUGAUUCUGGCACCAUUGCCUAUUCCCUGACCAGGAAGUAAAUCAUCCUUCAACAUUACUCAAAUAGCUGAGAUUCUUUUAAUAUGUUCCCUCCAUUCUAGUUCCUUUUUUUUCCGAGAGCUUUGAAGUAUUUUUUUUUCCUCUUAAUAUUUACUAAAUGUUCUCUUGUGAAUUUACCCUCGUAAACUAAAUAAAAAAUAAAUUUGCGUUACUUAACAAA